AAUCUUAUUCCCAUAUGUCAAGAUGAAUUUCAAAUAGAUCUUAGAAAAAAUGAAAGCUUCAAAUGAUCACUUGAUGUUUCAUAAGGUGCAAACUGCAUUGCACCAAGACAACCGUCAUGGUAUACCAAUCUGACAAUUCACAUUGAACAAUAAAAAAAAACAAUUUGAUAUAUCUAAGAAAAGGAUGGAGGAACAAAAUUUUAGUAGCUUAUCUAGUAUUUUCUUCAAGUAUAAAGCAUCCUCUGAUAUAAAUCACCCUCUGAACAAUUAACCAACCAUGAAUUCUUCUAUAGUCCCCAGAAAUAGUUCACAGAUCAAAAAGAGCCCUCAUUAGAAAAGAACCCCAGAAUACCUUCAUAAAUGUUUUGAAUACGCCCAAUUUCAUUUACAAUCCAAACCAAAAAAGCUUCAUGCGUGCUAUUGAAACUCAAGCCAGAAGACAACUCAGAAUUUUCAUGUUGGUUUCCUUCAAAAAGAUAGCAGGAACCAUGAAACUCGCUUCUUAACAGGAAAAAUUAGGUGUUAAGAAUCACAAUUCCAUUAAUCCCUUCGGCUUGUGAUCUUCACAAUCCAAUUUCACGACCUACUUUCUUCCACUUAAUUUUUUAUUUAUUCAAGGCCGCAUCAGACCUACAUCUUCUGAUCAGCAAACUUGAGAUUCCAAGUUAAAAGCAAUAGUAGAUUGUUGUUUCGUCUCCCCUAAUCCAAUUCUACUGCAGCUUGCUGUCUUAGAUAACUUAUUUUCCACCAUCUUCCUUCUUAUAUUCUCAGCUCUCUCCCAUUUUUCUGAUGCAACAUAAAUAUUUGACAGCAAGACAUACUUUGCAUCAUUAACUGAAGAAAUGCUGAUAUUUGUGUUGUUUUCUUCAAGGACCACCUGAUCUGCCAUCUCCAUAUCUAAAUAAACUCCACAGGCACCAAGCAAAGUCCCCCAGACCACCUCAUUAGGCUUCAUUGGCAUAAUCUUGAUUACAUUAUAAGCAUCAGCUAGCCUACCUGCUCUACUAAAGAUAUCAACCAAACAGCCAUAAUGCUCCACUCCGGCCUUCAAACCAUAUUUGUGCAUGCUCCCAAAAAUCUGUAGACCUUACUCUACAGAUCCUGCAUGUGUGCAAGCAGAAAGAACCACAAGAAACGUGAUUGAAUUAGGCUUCACUUCGGAUGCUUCCAACUGAUAAAAGAGCUCAAGAGCUUCAUUACACCGUCCGUUAGAAGCGAGACCAGAUAUCAUUGAUUUCCAACAUGAAUCAUUCCUUAUAAUCAUUGCAUCAAAGAUUACUCGAGCUUUGUCAAGGUUAUGUGGAGUGUGUGAAGCCUCCGCAUAUUAGCACAUGUUGCCCAGCCGUUCGGUUGAGUUAAACUUCAUUCGCAAUAGCCUCCGCAUUAUAUUUCGUGAGAUUAUCUUCAAACUCGCCUUCUCAGAGAAAGAAGCAGAGGUGGGAGGUGAUGGCAAGAUCCAUGUAACUGUAAGAAAGUCCACAUCGUCUAGGCGAUCCAUCUCAUUGAUGAUGCCCCGGCCGUCGAAUCUCAUAGGUGCUGAGAUAUAUUCGCUCAGCUCGUCGAGGAAUCCAACCCCAAGGGGAUCCAACUUCAACCACUCUGAUUUCUUCGCCAUGUGCGGUGGAGCACGACAACCUCCCCUCCGGCACUCAAAUUUUGGCCAGGGAGAUCUCUGCUUUGUGCAAUCAUCUAGCGGACCGAAGCCUCGACCGUCCAACUUCGACGAACACCACCACCAUCAACAGGGGGGCUCUCCGAGAUCCUGGCAUUACCCGGUGCCAAACCUUGAAAUUGCAGCUGGAUCCUCCGCCGCUGUCUCGAACAAAAUUGCCGGCUACGACAAUUGUGCCAACACAUCGCGCGGCGAAACACAACGGUUUUGCAGAACCAGGUGA